AUGGAGGUCCCGCGGAGAGGUCUGCGUUUGUUGAACACAUAUGGGCCAGUGGAAUUAAAAAAGACGGUUACUAAGCCAGGUGUUAACACGCAUUCCAAACCAUCGCCAGUUGGAACUGUCCAAAAGCCUGUGAAAACUGCUAACCAGCCAAAGAUCCUAAAAUAUCCUGUUUAUGUGGAUCCUGUAGAGGACAAAUGUCAACACUGCGGCAGUCAGCGACCGAAAAAGUCUGGAGAACAGGUGAAGGAAACGAAAGAGAUGUCUGUUCAGGUGAAUCGGACAGAUCUGAAUGAAUUGUUGUGUUCAGUUGAUCCAUCUUCAGAAUACUGGGAAUCUAUUGCUGAGGAACGACGAGUAGCCCUGAAAGAGACUUUGGAUGAGAACAAACAGUUAUGUGAAUUGGUUGAGAAGCUGAAUCUGGAGAUUGACAGACUAAAUUCUCUGAUUGCUCAAAAGGAGUCUACUUAA